AUGCUGGACCUCGAGAUGUCUUCUACCCGGGUCGUGGGCAUGGUAUUCCUCGCCGGCAUCUUCGUGCUCAUCCAAAGACUGUCCACGCCUAGGCUAGAGCCUUCUGAGCCGCCUCUCUUGAAGCCGCGGAUCCCCUUGGUCGGCCACAUCGUAGGUUUGCUCUGGCAUCGCAUGAGCUAUUUCCAGAUCAUAAACAAGAGGAAGCCAAUGCCUGUCGCAACGCUCCCUAUACUGCAUAACAAAGUCUAUGCCAUCUGGUCGCCCGACCUAGUCCAGUCCGCCCUGCGUAACAAGCAGAUGACCUUUGAUCCAUUCAUGCUGGAUUUCUCCAAGACCGCUCUCGGCUUGAGUGACCAUAGUAUGGCUGCUCUGGAAGGUGAUGGUGGCCUGGAUGAGUCCUUGAACUCGGAGACCAUCACGGCGAUGAAGGUCGCCAUGACUGGCCAGAACCUGUACCGCACGAACGUCAAUGCACUGGGCUCUAUCAAGUCUCGCUUAAACGUUAUCAACGAAGAGGGCAUCACUAUUCCUAAUCUAUACCUAUGGCUGCGCGAGCUGAUGACGCAAGCGACGGUUGAGGCGUUGUAUGGAGAGGCGAAUCCCAUGAAGCACGACCCAUCUCUAAUUGACGCGCUCUGGGGGUUCGAAACAAACUUGAUGCCCCUCAUGAUCGGUGUCUUACCCGGGAUCUUCGCCCGUGUUGCCUCUCGCCAUCGCGCAAGGUUACAGAAUGCUUUGUACAAGUAUUACAACGCCAGGCUGGACGAGAAACCAGAUGUGGCUCAGGUCACAAAAGCCCGCAUCAACCUCUUGCGCGAGCAUGGGUUCUCCAUGGCCGAGGCUGCCAAGGCCGAGCUAGCCUUGCCGUUCGUAGCCACCACAAACACGAUCCCUAUCACAUACUGGAUGACGGCAUGGAUCUGGCUGGAUCGGGAUCUCGUUCAGUGUAUCCGCGACGAGGUCACCCAGAUCAUCGCCUUGGUCGAUGGCGGGGACAGAGCAGACGACACGGCAGCGAGCGGCAGGAAGUUCAGACGCCGUGCUACUCUCGAUAUCACUCAGCUCGAGGAGAAGUGCCCGUUGCUGGUAAGCUGCUAUCGAGAAACCAUGCGCAUAGGCAACCAGCUCAUCGGGACGCGGCGGGUCAUGCAGGACACCGUCCUCACUGACGCGGACGGAAGGUCGUACCUGUUCAAGAAAGGAUAUGAUGUCGUUUGGUCGGGCAAGUACCUCCAUCGACAACAGGAUACCUGGGGCAAGGACGCCGAGGACUUCUCUGGUGCGCGCUUCAUGGCGGCCAAGCUUCCAGAUGAUCUGCAAAAGAAGAAGAAGGCAUCCUAUGUCCCGUUUGGGGGCGGGAAACACCUGUGCCCGGGGCGAAACCUUGCUUUUGCUGAGAUCCUGGGUUUCACGGCUGCCAUGGUUGUGGGCUAUGAGCUGGACUGGCUGGACAAGGCCAACUCGAGGUCGCCCACAGCCUUCCUGGUGGGGGCGAUAGCAAAGCCGUCGCCGGGUGAAGAGGGUUCAGCGACACUCAAGAGACGAGAGGGUUGGCAAGAUGUGCAAUGGGACUUUGCCUGUUGA